CACAGUUUCCUGUUAAAUGUUAAAUUACACUUUAGUCACUCUUUCUUCGCUCACUCUUCCUCUUUAAACAUCAGCUCGACUCUCCCUCUGUUUGCCAUCUGAAAGGAAAGAUGUGGACAUCUGGAAUCUGUCUGAUUCUUUUACUGAACGCUGGAUGUGUUGCCGCCGCACAAGCUGAAACGGUGUGUUACAUUCUUGACGGCAUUCUGAUCGUUUACGGCAUCGUGUUGACCAUCCUGUACUGCAGAUUAAGGAUACAGUCGAGUAAUGACAGUACCACAGAGAAACAAGGGGGAGGAAUCUACGAGGGUCUCCAGCGUCCACAUCAAGACACCUACGACACCAUUCAUGGCAUGAAGAAGAAACCAUUGGCAUGAUCGUCUCUCAAGCUUUACAUGUUGCUUUAUGGCAUUUGAAUAUAAUCGUGUUUAUAAUAAAUACACAAACGUUUCUGUUCUGUAGCUGUUAGCACGUUUCUAUUAAACAAAUCAAUACACAGUCAAUGUAUAGGAUGCUUGUGUAACUAAAGCUUUUAACUCAUAAUUAUACAUAAUAAAGUUAUUUUACUAA